GUGCCUCUCCGCUCCCUCCUCCUCCUCCUCCGCGGUGCCUGGCGGGAGCCGCCGCAGCCCCGCUAGGCCCGCAGGUGUUUCCCGUGCGGCUUCCUCCACAGGUGCUGUUACGGGCGGGCACCUUCGCGCUGAGGAACGCGUUCACUCUACGCUACCUCUCCAGGGAGCUGAUCGGCGUGGUCAAUGUGAGGCUGACUCUGCUGUAUUCAACAGUUGUCUUCCUAGCCAGAGAGGCAUUUCGUAGAGCUUGUUUGAGUGGAAGUACAAAGCGAAACUGGACCAAAACAAUUAAUUUAUUGUGGCUGACUGUCCCUCUUGGUGUUUUUUGGUCAAUUUUCUUGGGUUUAAUCUGGCUACACUUGCUUGAAGUACCAAAUCCUUCUGUGGUUCCUCAUUAUCAGGCUGGUGUAGUGGCAUUUGGUCUUUCUGCAAUUAUCGAGCUCCUGGGAGAACCAUUCUGGGUUUUAGCACAAGCUCAUUUGUUUGUGAGACUUAAGGUAAUUGCUGAAAGCCUUUCAGUAGUGUCCAAAUGCAUUUUAACAGUUACUUUAGUAGUCCUUUAUCCUCAGUGGGGCCUAUACAUUUUUUCCUUGGCUCAGCUUUUAUACGUCAGCGUUCUGUUAAUGUGCUAUAUAAUUUAUUUUGUGAUGUUUUUGGGGUCUCCUGAAACAACAAAGAAGUCAUUUCCAGUUGCAAGAAUGAAAGCUCUAUUACCUAGCUUCGUGGAAGAUGAGACCUUUGUUAACUGGAGGGAAGCACGGUUGACUUGGAGUUUCUUCAAGCAAUCCUUCUUAAAACAGAUUUUGACAGAAGGUGAACGGUAUGUGAUGACUUUUUUGAACGUGUUAAAUUUUGGAGAUCAGGGUGUAUAUGAUAUCGUGAAUAAUCUUGGUUCACUGGUGGCCAGGUUUAUCUUUUUGCCUAUUGAGGAGAGUUUUUAUGUCUUCUUUGCCAAAGUAUUGGAAAGAGGGAAGAAUGUGAAGGAUCAGAAGCAGGAUGAUGUUGCUAUGGCUGCGAAUGUGUUAGAAUUGCUGCUGAAACUUGUGCUGCUGAUUGGCCUCACCAUCACAGUUUUUGGCUAUGCCUAUUCUCAGCUGGCUCUGGAUAUUUAUGGAGGCUCAAUGCUCAGUUCUGGAACAGGUCCAGAUCUCCUCCGAUGUUACUCCUUAUAUGUCCUAUUUCUUGCUAUCAAUGGAGUAACAGAAUGUUUUACAUUUGCUUUGAUGUGCAAAGAAGAGGUAGACAGGUACAAUUUUGUCAUGCUGGCCUUGUCCUUCACAUUCCUAUGCAUCUCUUAUUUCUUAACCCACUGGUAUAGCAGUAUAGGCUUUAUCCUGGCCAACUGCUUUAACAUGGCUAUUCGAAUAGCCCACAGCGUCCACUAUAUCUAUGAUUACUUCAAAGAAAGCACUUACAGACCUUUGACAGGCUUGCUUCCCUCACCAUUUUUGGUACUUGUUUACAUCAUAAGUGGAGUAAUCACUGGUUUCUCAGAGGUGGUGUUCUGCUGCGAUAAGGGUUGGAUGGCAAGGCUGGUUCACAUCAGCGUGGGGGCUGUGUGCUUUGCAGCAGCCAUCAUUACGAUGUUCCGCACAGAGACCAAGCUGAUCCACUUUGUCAGAAGCCAAUUCUUCUCCCGGUAUAUGAAGAAAGGAACAUGA